AUGUAUCUGCUUUUCCCUCUCUCUCUGACUCUUCUCCAUCUCAGGCUCUUCGCGGCACUGUUGAGUGAUAUCUGGAUAGCGAGACUUGCCAGAAUUCCGCGGUACACCAAUGUAGCUCUGUGGGAGCUCGAGAAAGGCAAUGGCAAAGCAGACCAUAUGUCCCCAGAAAAGGAAGAAACAACGCGUGUGGCUGAAUUUUUCUUCCCUGAAUUCUGGCCCACGAGACUAAAUGAAUCAUUACUGGGUCUGAUCUGGUCUGAUGAGGGGGACCGGCGACCUUCCCAGGUCCCUCUAUUGCAAGGCAAACCUCUAGAGGUUUCGUAG